AGUCUUUGGAAGGGUUAAAAUGCCUCCUCUAUAAAUUGGAAAGGAUUUAGACGCCGUGCUAACACAGGCUACAGGCAGGAUCCUGUCAGAAGUUGGCUUUGCCCUGCACUGGAAUGGCUUUUCCUUUCAGAUUUUGAAGCUUGAAGCUUGAAGAGGGCCAGUUUCCUGUUGCUCUCCGGCCCUCCCUCAUCCAUCCAUCCCUCCUGACAGCUGGACCGCCACAUCCGGAGAGAAACGUGCCCGGUCACAAGAAAAAUGAAACCACAGUCUCCGCCCUAAGGAGCAGUCAUUCAUUGCGCAAGCGUUGAGGGAUUGUCCCGUGAGAACCGGUUCCUCUUAAUUGAAAAACCCCAAUGCAGAGCCACCGAGCAGAUUCUCCCUGCUCCGUGCCGCCUGUUUAAACUUAAGUUCUUUCCUCCCGGUUUGAGCUCGGAUCCGCGUCACCAUGACAUCAGAGUGGGGUGAGAAAUCCACAGGGGACCUCAUGAGCACGUAUGUCUCCAAGGAAGAGGGGUUCGGGGUUCCUAAGGAGGGAUGGCGCAUCUGUCUGGCGCACGAGUUCAAGGAGAAGAGGAAACCCUUCCAGGCGAAGGAUGUGUCCCUGUCCAACGUGUGGCAGCACCUCGGCCUUGGAAUCAGGUAUCUGAAAUGGUGGUACAAGAAGACCCAAGUAGAAAAGAAGGCUCCAUUCAUCGACAUGUUCCACGCUCUGCCCUUGCGUCAAAUCUACGGUGCUCCUCUGGGCGGGAUUGGAGGAGGAACCAUCACGAGGGGCUGGAGGGGGGAGUUUUGCAGGUGGCAGCUGAACCCUGGAAUGUACCACUACAAAACCGUUAUAGCCAACCAGUUUACCGCGUGUUUGCGGCGGGGAGGACAAACCGUUUACCAGCAGGUGCUGUCUGUGGAGCACCCGCCCACGUUACAAGGCUGGAACUGGGGUUACUGUGGGGAGUACGCCUUCUACCACGCUUUGUAUCCUCGCGCCUGGACCGUGUACCACCUUCCCGGACAGAACGUCACCCUCACCUGCAGGCAGAUUUCUCCAGUCAUUCCUCACGAUUACAAAGACUCGAGUCUUCCUGUGGCUGUAUUUGUGUGGGACAUAGAGAACAAGAACGACUACGCUCUGGAUGUCUCCAUCAUGUUUACGAUGGUCAACGGGUCGGGACUCAAAGACGACAGCAGCGGUGGACACUGGAACGAGCCUUUCCAUCUGGAGAAAGACGGGGAAGCGCUGUCUGGGGUGUUACUCCAUCACUGCACAACAGUGAACCCUUACACCUUAUGCAUCUCAGCUCGAGAGCAGCCCGGCAGAAAGGUCAGUCACCAGACGGCGUUCAGUCCCAGAGGGACCUGCAGCGGUCUGUGGAGCGACCUGAUCACCGACGGGCAGCUCGACUCGCCCUCAGGACCCAGCCCGCCAACCCAGAAAGGAGAGAAGGUGGCGGCGGCGCUCGCUGUGGGGUGUUCUGUGCCGGCUAAUGGCCAUAACAGUGUGGAGUUCUGCCUGGCUUGGGACAUGCCCCAAAUCACCUUUGGGUCAAGGGACAGGAAACAUGUGAGGAGAUACGCUCGUUACUUUGGAAGCAAAGGGGAUGCUUCUCCCUCCCUCAGUCAUUACGCCCUGACGCACUACAAAGAAUGGGAGAGAAGAAUCGAGGAGUGGCAGAAACCUAUACUGCAGGACAGUUCUCUUCCCUCCUGGUAUAAGUCAGCUCUGUUUAAUGAGUUGUACUUUGUGGCGGAUGGAGGGACGGUGUGGACCGAGCUAGCAGAAGACGCUGAUGUUAGCGGCGGCUUGCGCAGUGAGGAUGGGGGUCUGCCGGCCCAGCCUGAUGUCAUCAAGGAGUAUGGACGUUUCGCUUACCUUGAAGGUCAGGAGUAUAGGAUGUACAACACGUAUGAUGUACACUUUUAUGCCUCCUUUGCACUUAUUAUGCUGUGGCCCAAACUGGCCUUGAGUGUGCAAUAUGAUAUCGCUGGCAGUGUAGUUCAACAGGACCUGACAGAGAGGCUCCAUCUGAUGAACGGAAAGUACUCACCUGUCAAGACCAAGAACGUGGUGCCUCAUGACAUUGGAGACCCAGAUGAUGAGCCUUGGCACAGACUGAAUGCCUACCUGAUCCACGACACCGCCGGCUGGAAGGAUCUGAACCUGAAGUUUGUCCUGCAGGUCUACAGGGACUUUCAUAUCACCCAGGACAGCCAGUACCUGCAGGACAUGUGGCCCAUCUGCCAGGCUGUGAUGGAGUCAGAGUUAAAGUUUGACCUGGAUGGAGAUGGCCUGAUUGAGAACUCUGGAUACGCUGAUCAGACGUAUGAUGGCUGGACGGUGACUGGACCAAGUGCAUAUUGUGGCGGGCUGUGGUUGGCGUCCCUAUGUGUGAUGUGUAAAAUGGCCAGACUGGUGGACAGCGAGAAGUCGUACCAACAUUACAAGGACAUUCUGGACAGAGGCAGUGCUGCUUUUGACAAGCUCCUGUGGAACGGCAAGUACUACAACUAUGACAGCAGCGGGGGACAUCAUUCCAACAGUGUCAUGUCUGACCAGUGUGCUGGUCACUGGUUCCUUAAAGCAUCAGCUUUUGGAGAAGAAGACUAUCAGGCUUUUCCCAAAGAAAAGAUUCAGAGUUCACUGAAAUCCAUCUUUGACUUGAAUGUGAUGGCUUUUGCCGGGGGCCAAAUGGGCGCUGUCAAUGGCAUGCGCCCUGAAGGAGUGCCUGACCGCUCCAGUGUCCAGUCUGAUGAGGUUUGGAUUGGUGUUGUGUAUGGGCUGGCAGCCACUAUGAUCCAUGAGGGUAUGCGAGACGAGGGGAUGCGCACAGCUGAGGGUUGCUACCGGACAGUAUGGGAGAGGCUGGGCAUGGCCUUCCAGACUCCUGAAGCCUAUUGUGAGAAGAACAUCUACCGAUCUCUGGCUUACAUGAGGCCUCUAAGUAUUUGGGCCAUGCAGCUUGCUCUAAACAUGACACAAAAGGAUCAAGCCCCAACAGCUUCAACAGGAGUUUCGGAUACAGUUGGAACAUGAAAUCAGAUGAUUACCACCUCCUCUCAUCUUGGCCCUGCAGCUCCCCGUCUUGACUGGUUAAAUAGAAUCAGCAUGUUUGUAUGUGUCUUUUUGAAAAGGCUGCACUUAAUCUUGCACUGUAGGCUGUCAAGCCAGGCAUUCUGAAAAUCACAACAAACCAAGUAUUGUCCCAAAAGUUUCCACUUCACUGUUUUGCCAAUUGCAUAAGCAUACCUGCAACAUGUUCAUAUAUUAUAUUUUUUUCUUCUUUAUUUUCAAGUUAUAUAAUAAAUAAUCAAGGAUGUGUGUUGAAAAGUCAGCAUUGUUGAAGAAUUUUGUGCCUUUUUGCAUGCAAACCAUUACCUGUGUAAUAUAAAUGUUGAAGCAACAUUUAUCCUUUUAAAAAUAAAAAAUAUGUCUGAUGAUUAAGCUAAAUAAAUUACUUGAAGAUA